AUGUCCUUGAAUCGUCUCCCCAAUGAGCUUAUCUACAUCAUCGCCAAUAAUCUCGAUUAUGUGAGCAAUUUGAACGCUCUAGCACAAACCUCUCGUCGGUUUUGCCAUCUACUCAACGACACCCUCUACGGGAAGAACUCCUGGUCUAUCGCUGGUCCUGCAUUGCAAUGGGCUGCUGAGCGUGGAGAUGUUGCCAAGGCCAGCCGAUUAUUAGAGCAUGGGGCACAUCCUGAUCUUUUAACAGAUGAAGAAGUCGACGGACUUCAAGCACUGGCGAUGCUUGAUGAGAGAUAUGCGCCGAAAGAAUUCGAAAAACGACCACCACUAUCAACAGCCGCCUUGCACGGACAUCUUGCUGUUGUAAACCUCCUCCUCGAGAAAGGUGCUGAUCCCGAGCGCCAUGAUCUAUCGACAAAAUGGACACCGAUAAACUGGGCUAUAGAAGGUGGUCAUGCUUCUGUGGUACAGGUGUUAUUAGUACACGGUGCCAAAGUCACGAUCUCAUCAGUCAACCUGGCAAUGGAGAAGGGAAAUGUUGAGCUCGUGAAGAUUUUACUAGAAGCGAAUCCCAAAUUGCUCCAAAGCGAAUCAUCAUAUCGCACAACACUCUUGACAAAAGCAGCUGAGAAGAAGGGAAAUCUCGAAAUGCUUCGCUUUUUGGUAAAUCAAGGCUUGGACCCAACUCUAACUGAUGGUCUUCAAUUCAGCCCACUAUGUCAGGCCGCAUGCAGUGGCGACCUGGAUAUGGUCCAAUAUCUUCUUACUCAAGGCUUUACCACAGAAAACCUCGCACAAAGCUUAGAUGGUAUGCGAUUAUGGCCUGUCCAAUGGGCUGCGAUUGCAGGACAUAAAAAUGUCGUCGAGUUUUCACUAAGCGUUGUCAACCUCAAGAGAAGUGACUAUGUCUCUUACCUUCGAAUCCUAGCAUCUGCAGCCGCAGUGGGACUCGAGGAUACUGUUCAAGAGCUCAUCAGCACAGGAGGCUUCAGUGGUGCCAAGCUGGACGGCAUAACUCUCCCGGUUCACGCAUGCUUUCAUCCCCUUGAUAUCGCCAUCCAAAGGGGUCAAACAGGAGUUGUUCGCAUCCUUCUAAACAAUGGUGCUGAUCCCACAUUGGGAGAACAUGGUCGAAGAAACACCCCUCUCUUCGUGGCCAUCAAGAGAGGUCAUCUGGAUGUGGUCAGAUUACUUCUUGAUAGGGGAGCCGAUCUCCACAGGGUCGAAGAGUACCAAGACGAGUCACUCCUAGCACAUGCGCAGCCAUUCCCUGCCAUUUUCAAACUACUUCUCGACCGGGGCGCAAAUGUUCACCACAGUGCUUGGAACCCCGGCGAUCUGAGUAUCCCCAUGAUAGCAGCGAUGGAAGGAGGAAAUAUGGCUCAGGUAAACAUGCUACGAGAACGUGGCGUGCAGCUUGAGCCUCAAAACUCCCCUCAUGCCAAAGACUCAUUACUCAGAGCAGUACAAGGGGGACUGCCAAUGAUGAAACUCUGGGCUGAGCGAUACGAGCUACCUCACGGUGGACGACUAGAAGCUGAGAUCACCAAUGCUGCCUUCCAUUUGGCGGUAUCUCAUGGUAAUCAUGAAGUCGUUGAAUACUUCUUUGAACUAGGAUACCGUCUCACCAUGGAAGACCACAACCAAUUACGUAUCACCAUCAAUCGAAUGAAGAGCCUAGAGACCUUCCCAGAGACUCUAGAAGUCCUGAUGAAUCAUGGUCUGGAACUGGGAAGACUGAGCGGUUGUUGGAUCGCUAUGUCUGAUAACACCGAUGACAAAUUGCGAGUACUCCGAUUUCUUCUGGACAAGGGCAUGGAUCCUCUUCCUGCGAGCCAUUGGGGACACGAAAUACUGCGAUGGUCAAUACAUUGCCACAUGGAGACUUUCUUUGUACCCGUUCUCCUGGAAGCCAUCACUGCAAAAGGUGCCACUGUUGAAGAGAUUCAUCGCAAUUUGCUCCGUGUUGAUGCAGACUUUAGUCUUCGACAGAGCCCUGUUGCUGUGAGAUUAUGGCGUAACUUCUAUUGGCGAAGUCGAUACCCCGUGCCGGCUUGA